CUAUGCUCACUUGCUGUGCUUCGUUUUCAUUUUCCUCUUCUUCUUUUUAUUUUUAUUUUUUUAAUGAUUUUUAUGAUGCAUUGAAACAAAUUUUAAACUAUGAUAUUGAUACGUAAUCAUCUUUGGAGUUUUUUCCUUUAAUUGUUUAUUUUUUUGUUGCUGCAGAUGUCUGUGUUAGUUUGAUAGCAAAAGGGUAUUACAGAAAUGUCUUGCUUUUUGCCUGGAAAUCCAAAUUGUGCCAUUUUAUGCACGGAGAAGACCAUUUCCUUUGUGGGAACUUCGGGUGUCCCAUUUUUACAUCUGGGUUCUAUACCUAAUGGGACAAGCAUUUCUCAGAGAUCAUAUAACAAGGAAGCUUCACUAUUUCAUGGAUUAAAAAACAGUAGGUCAAGGAAAAUAAUGUUCAGUACCCCCAGAUGUAGCAGUUCCUCAAACUCCAAUAAUAGUACAGAUGAAUCCUCCAAUGAAACUAAGGUAUGUUUAAGAUACUCUCAUAACUGAUAAUAAGCUGCUAUGCCAGGUUAUCAGAAAAAUAAAAUUUGAGACAUAUCUAGAUUGGAAACAUAUCCUUUCCUCACAAUGUGAAUUUUUGGAGUCUUCACAAUCUUUCUAUCAGUGAGGCUUGAUAGAUUUCUGUGGCUCAUGGUUCAGCUUUGCUGAUGAUCCUCGCCUUCUAUAAAUUGUAAUAGAAACAAGCAUGGGACUUCUUUCCUUCUUUUGGAUUCUAGAGAGGGAGAGAGAGUCACUAGCUUCUUUCUGAUGCUGGUAUGGCUCUCUAAAUUGCAAUAGUCAGACUUGGAGCUUUAAUAAAUUAAAAACUUAGAGGAUUACAAAAGUUUCACUGGGAAUGCUGCUAAUUUGCAUUGGCUCCAUAGAACUCAUGAAGUCUGGAUACAAUCAUUCAAGGGGGUUAAAGACACCUUUUGGAUACACAAGAAAGGAUGUUUUAUUGAUUGGUGUCGGAGUCACUGUUCUCGGUGUUGGCUUGAAAAGUGGAUUGGAGUUUGCUGGAGUUGAUCCUCUACAAGCUGGAAACGUAGUUCAGUUGGUACUAGUUUUAGGCCUCACAGUUGGAUGGAUCUCAACAUAUAUAUUUAGGGUCUCAAACAAGGAAAUGACUUAUGCUCAACAACUACGCGACUAUGAAAACAAAGUCAUGCAGAAAAGGUUGGAAGGUUUAACAGAAGCUGAACUAGAGGCAUUGCUUGAACAAGUUGAAGAAGAAAAAAGAGGCCUUGGUAGUGGUGGCGAGCAAGUUAACUAAAGCCCUGGUAGGGGGCUGGUAUUUUGUAUUUUUAUUGAAUUUUGAUAGAAAUCAAGGCGCAAUGCAAGGCCCUGUGAAAAUAGGCAGUACACAAAAGAUACUCUAAAAUUAAGCCACAGUUUGUUAUUAUUUAUAGCUGUAUGUAAUAGUCCAGAAGAAAAGGCAUGUGAAUAUGAUUUUUAAGCAUUUUAGUUUCACUCAUCAUCCAAAUGCAAAGCCAUAACAAAGAUGAGAGGUCAUU